UGGAGAGCUGAACACUCCCAAUAUUGCUUAAUGAAAAGAGAAGUGGAUUUUUCUGUUUGAUCUUCAUUUUCUGUAUACUGCUUAACAUUUUGGGAUACUGUUGAUUGUAGUUUGCCUGAUUUGGGAACAAACUGAAGCUCCACCAACUCUGAUUCAGGAUACAGAAGAAGAUGAACCACCUUAUUCUACUUUUCUCAUUGUUCUCGGCUCCAGCAUUUGCUGACAAAGAAAGUCAGAAAACAAACCAAAACUUUUCUUCAAACAAUGCCAGUCAUAAACGACUGAAGAGAGACUGGAUAUGGAACCAAAUGCAUAUCAAAGAAGAGAUUGAUACACCAUUACCACACCAUGUUGGCAAGAUCACAUCAAGCGUAAGGAACAACAACGCUAAGUAUAUUAUUGAAGGUGAAUAUGCCAACACCAUUUUUAAAGUGGAAGAAACCAGUGGUGAUGUAUAUGCAUUUGAGAGGCUAGACAGAGAAAAGAAAGCAGAGUAUGAGCUGACAGCUCUCAUUAUUGACAGAAGGAACAACCAGUCACUGGAACCCCCAUCUAAAUUCAUUAUCAAGGUCUACGAUAUUAAUGACAAUGUCCCUGUGUUUGUACAAAAAGUAUUCAAUGGAUCUGUCCCAGAAAUGUCACCAGUAGGAACCUCUGUCACCAAAGUGACAGCUGUAGAUGCUGAUGACCCAACAGUUACAGGUCAUGCCACAGUUACCUACCAAGUCAUUAAAGGAGACGAAUACUUCACAGUUGAUGACUCUGGUGUGAUUUCUACAACAAGGGCUGAUUUAGACAGAGAGAAUCAAUCAACAUAUGAAAUUAUUGUUAAAGCAAAAGAUGCACCAGGGUCUUCUGGGGAUUCAAGCACAGCUACAGUCAUUAUCACUUUAACCGACAUCAAUGACAACUUCCCAGUAUUCAAACACCCAUCAUUUCACUUUAAAGUUCCUGAAAACAUUUCAGUAGGAGGAGAAGUUGGCAGAGUCAAAGUAGAAGAUGUUGACGAACCACAACAUAGAAAUACGAAAUACAGUUUUGUCAGAGGAGAUUACAGGGACACCUUUGAAAUCGUAGCAAAUCCAUUCACAAAUGAAGGGAUCAUUAGGCCAAAGAAGCCCCUGGACUUCGAAAAAGUAGCAGAAUACAGGUUUGACAUUGAAGCAACAGAUCCCACAGUCGAUCUUCGUUAUUUUAAAUCCGGUGGCUCUAGGAGCAUUUCAACAGUCACCAUUGAAGUCACUGAUGUUGAUGAGCCUCCCAUCUUCACUAAACUACCAUAUGAAUUUAAAGUAAGGGAAAAUGAUCCAGAAAUAAGAACACUCGGUUCAGUUUGGGCACACGACCCUGACGCAGCUAAACGGAAAAUCAGAUUUAUUCGACGAAGAGCUAGUCCUAAUGGAGACUAUAUUAGGGUAUCCGAUACUGGAAUUAUUCAGCUUCCCAAGCCCCUGGACAGAGAAUUCAGUUCCUCAUACAACAUCACUGUAGCGGCUCAGGAAAUCCUUGAAGAUGGCCGUCUUUCUGACAGAGAAUCACAUGCCCAAGUUCAUGUAAUAGUUACUGAUGAAAAUGAUAAUGCUCCAGAACUUGUUUAUCCUGAGGAACCCAGAGUGUGUGAAAAUGCUGCACCAGGAAAGGUAAUCAUCAGGAUUUCAGCUACUGACAAGGAUGAAAUAUCACCUAGAGGUUUCUUCAAAUACUCCCUGGCCACAGAAGAUAGCAACUUCUCCUUGGUUGAGAACUACGAUAACACAGCUAAUAUCACUGUCAAAUAUGGACAGUUUAAUCGUGAACUUGCCAAAAUCCACUACCUGCCCGUCAUCAUCUCAGACAACGGUGAUCCUGAGCUCAGCAGCACAAAUACACUUGUCAUUAGUGUCUGCAAGUGUAAUGAAAAAGGCAACUUCACUUUUUGUGAGGAAAGAGCUGAACAAGUUGGAGUUAGUAUACAAGCACUGGUGGCAAUUUUUAUCUGUAUCUUCACAAUCAUUGUAAUCACUUUGCUAAUUCUUCUAAGAAAGAGACACAAGAAGGAUUUGAGCGGUCUUGGGAGGAAUGUGGCAGAGAUUCAUGAGCAGCUUGUCACUUAUGAUGAAGAAGGUGGUGGUGAAAUGGAUACCACCAGCUAUGACGUAUCUGUACUCAACUCUGUCCGCAAGAAUGGUAUAAAGCUGGAAGCAGUUCCCUCUCCAUAUGCACAAGUCCAAAAGCCUCCUGGAAAUAUAACUUCUGGUGCUGGAGAAAUGGAAAUGAUGAUUGAGGUUAAGAAGGAUGAAGCCGACAAUGACAGGGAUUUGCUGCCAUAUGACACACUUCACAUUUAUGGCUACGAAGGUGCCGAGUCCACUGCAGAAUCUCUCAGUUCUUUGGAAUCAGGCUCCUCAGACUCAGAUAUUGAUUAUGACUUUCUAAAUGACUGGGGACCCAGGUUUAAAAUGCUAGCUGAGCUGUAUGGAUCAGAACCAAGUGAAGAUUUUGUGUAUUAAGUUCAAACUAGCCAUGAAUUUUCUCCCUCCCACUACAGAUAGACAUCAAGAGCCUGCCAAUGGCCAAAGAAGAACUCACAGCUCUUCACCCAAGCCAUACCAGGAUUUCAAACAGCAGUAGAGUUAAAAAGAAACACACAGAUCACAUACAUUGACUUCCCCUAGCACUGCUAUCCUUGCUAACAUUCAGUUCUUUCCCCAAAAUUGCUGCUCGAGGACCUGCUCGAGUCUUUUAGGACACAACUCCUCUCCCUAUCCAGAUAGACACUUCUCCUUAAAAAGUGGUUUUGUCCUCAGUUUCUCGCUCAUUCCUCUCCUCCUGUACUGUUUUCAUCAACCUGCAUUCAAGGUCACCAUCCACUGGAACAGAGGGGUUCGGUGGCAUUGGGAAGGAAUGUUUUGAAUAACCUCCUGUAUCUCCAGCCGGCUGGUUUGCCUGGCCCUCUUGUAACAUCUUUAUUGAUA